GAGUAGGCUUGAACUCUGAUCCCCCUGCUUCAGCGUCUUCAAGUUUCUAAUUAAGGGUGGAACUGCAUACCUGUGGAGGAGAUGUUGGUGCUGAAAUGUUCUACCAAAUUGCUGGCACUGGAGAAAAUAUUGAAGCGUCACUUUCCCGAAUCACUCAAGGUUUAUGGAGCAGUGAUGAACAUAAACCGUGGGAAUCCCUUUCAAAAGGAAGUAGUAUUGGAUUCAUGGCCAGACUUCAAAGCAAUCAUCACCCGGCGACAGAGAGAGGCGGAGGCAGAUAACCUCGAUCAUUAUACUAAUGCCUGUGCUGUGUUCUACAAGGACGUCAGGGCAUAUCAACAGCUCUUGGAAGAACGUGAUGUUGUUAACUGGGACCAAGUUUUUCAAGUACAAGGGUUGCAGAGUGAGUUAUAUGAAGUUUCCAAAGCUGUUGCCAUUUCAAAGCAGUUGGAUGUAAAGCUAGCUUCCUUCAAGGCUGUUCGGUUUUCUCCUGUUUCGUCUUUGCCGGACACCAGUUUUCUAAUGAGUUCUCCCCCACGCCUAACCCAGCUGAGUGUUGCUGAUGCUGACCUACUGAACCGGACUUGGUCAAGAGGUGGCAGUGAGCAGUGUCUCCGGUACAUUGCCAGCCUCAUCUCUUGCUUCCCCAGUGUGUGUGUCCGUGAUGACAAGGGAGACCCAGUAUCCUGGGCUAUCACAGACCAGUUUGCCACCAUGUGCCACGGCUACACCCUACCCGAUCAUCGCAGGAAAGGUUAUAGCCGGCUGGUGGCCCUCACACUGGCCAGGAAGUUGCAAAGCCGGGGAUUCCCCUCUCAGGGAAAUGUCCUGGAUGACAAUGUGGCAUCUAUCAGCCUCCUGAAGAGUGUCCAUGCUGAGUUCUUGUCUUGUCGUUUUCAUAGGCUUAUUCUGACCCCAAAGCCUUUCUCUGGGAAAGCUCGUCCUUAGCCCAGUAAAACUCGAG